AUGACGGGUCGUAGCACUAAGGAAUGGAGGGAGUUGCUUAAGCAGAAGGGUGUUUACCCUUAUGAAUAUAUGGAUGGUUUUGAGAGGCUUGAAGAAACAUCGCUUCCACCGAAGGAGAAAUUUUUCAGCAAGCUCAACAACGAAAGCAUAAGCGACACGGAUUAUGAAAGAGCCUGGAACGUAUGGAAUACCUUCAACAUGAAAACCAUGAGGAACUAUCACGAUCUGUACCUGAUAACGGACGUCCUCCUCCUGACAGAAGUGAUGGAAAACUGUAGAAAGGUUUGUAAGACCAACUACGGAUUGGAUCCGAUGUGGUACUACACAGCACCCGUACUGGCAUGGGACGCUGUGCUGAAGUUAACCGGUGUGGAGCUGGACCUCAUAUCCGAUCCGGAUAUGUACCUAUUUAUCGAAAAGGGUAUUCGGGGUGGGAUCAGCACCAUUACUAAAAGGUAUGCUAAGGCAAAUAAUAAGUAUAUUGAACUUUCAAAGAACCUAACCUGGUUGAAAAAGUUCAAAAAGUGGAUGGGAAGAAAGUUUUCCGAUCUAUCGGUUGUAAUCAUAUCAAUGCUCAUCAUGAUUGUUACAGUCAUUACCGGUACGGAACUGGUGAUCAGUCGCGACGAUGAAGAGCGGUCUACAUACCUCCCCUAUAUGGACGCAAACAAUUUAUACGGGUGGGCAAUGGGUCAACCCCUACCCGUCAAGGACUGCAAAUGGAUGAAUGAUGGGGAACAGGAGAAGUGGACAGACUACGGCUGUAUCUUCAAAGUGAAUUUGGAAUACCCCGACGAACUACAUGAUGAACAUAGCGCAUACCCCCUUGCACCCGAAAGGAUAAUGGUUAACAAAGUGAAAAAACUCAUUCCAAACCUCAACAAUAAGGAAAAGUACGUCGUCCACCACGAGGCGCUAAAGCUGUACCUAAGUCUAGGGUUAAGGUUAACCGAGGUACACCGGGGGGUAAAAUUCGUCGAAGAGCCAUGGCUGAAGAAAUAUAUUCAACUCAAUACGGACCUGCGUACCAAAGGUACUACGUAUUUUGAAAAGGACUUCUUUAAGCUUAUGAACAAAUCGGUAUCCGGAAAGACGAUGGAAAAUGUGAGGAAUAGGGUUGACAUAAGACUUGUUAAUAACGAGAAGAAGUUGAACAAGCUGGCUCAAAAGCAUAACUACAAAGCUGCGACCAUCUUUUCCGAAAACCUAGUGGCAGUUCAUAUGAUGAAGACAUCCGUAAAACUGAAUAAACCUAUAUACUUAGGGAUGAGCAUCCUUGACAUCAGUAAGACCCUCAUGUACGAUUUUCACUACAAUUACAUUAAACCGAAGUAUGGGGAUGAUGCCAGACUUCUAUUCACGGACACGGACUCCCUAUGCUAUGAAAUUAAAACCGAGGAUUUCUUCAAGUAUAUAUCCGACGAUGUCCUCGAAAGAUUCGACACCAGCAAUCUAGGUAAGGACCACCCGUCUGGAAUCCAAACGGGUGUAAACAAAAAAGUUAUCGGAAUGAUGAAGCUGGAAACGGGUGCAAAACAGAUUGAAGAGUUUGUGGGAUUAAGGUCAAAGCUAUAUGCUUACAAAAUGGUGGAAGACGGUAGUGAGGAAAAAAAAGUGUAAGGGAGUCAAGAAAGUAGUUAUCAAGAAGGAAAUAACAUUCAAAAACUGUAAGGAAUGUCUCUUCAGCGGUGAGAAACAAUGGAGGGGAAUGAAUGUCUUCAGAAGUAGGUCACACGAAAUAUAUACGGAAAGGGUUGUCAAGGUAGCCCUGUCUGCAAAUUAUGACAAGAGGAUAAUUAUGGAGGAUGGAAUCCACACGCUAGCAAUCGGGCAUAAAAGCCUAAGACAGUAGAAACCAAUUUUAAUAUUCAAGGGAACAUUAAAAUUUUAACGGGUCUACAGUAAUUUUGUAAUUACGAAUCCAGAUCCUAGACCUAAUAUUCCAAUUGUGAUCUGUUGGUAUUCUUCCAUUUCGCUCGAUGGUUUGUAGUAAUCGUGAAUCGUCGGUUCCCUAUCCAGGCUUAAUCCCUCCUGCGCUUUCCGCAGGGAGUCAAGAGCACGGUUUGUCGUUUUCAUAUCCGAUUUGGCGUCGGCUAGUUCCUGUCUGA